AUGGCACACGGGCUGACUGGAAAGGAAUCCGGCGACUUAGAAAUGCACAAGUCAGACAACAACACAAGGGCCUUCGUUAACACAAAGAAGAGGGGCUAUGAGGUUACCAGAGACCCCCGCCUUAACAAAGGCAUGGCAUUCUCCCUGGAGGAACGUCUGCAGCUGGGGAUCCACGGCCUGCUUCCACCUUGUUUCAUUACUCAGGACGUCCAGCUGCUCAGAGUACUCAAGAAUUAUGAAAUGAAGAAAGAUGACCUGGAUAGGUAUGUGUUUUUGAUGGGGCUCCAGGAACGCAGCGAGAAGCUCUUCUAUCGUGUGAUCAUGUCAGACAUCGAGAGAUUCAUGCCCAUCAUUUACACCCCCACCGUUGGCCUCGCUUGCCAGCAAUAUGGCUUGAUAUUUAGAAGACCAAGGGGGCUGUUCAUUACCAUCCAUGACCGUGGCCACAUUGCAACACUACUGCAGAACUGGCCGGCGAAAAACGUUAAGGCUGUGUGUGUGACUGAUGGUGAGAGAAUAUUGGGCCUGGGAGACCUCGGCUGCAACGGCAUGGGAAUUCCAGUGGGCAAACUAGCCCUCUACACAGCCUGUGGAGGCGUUCCCCCUCAGCAAUGCCUGCCUGUUAUGCUGGAUGUGGGCACAGACAAUGAGGCACUGUUGCAGGAUCCACUAUACAUUGGGCUCCGGCAUAAGAGGGUGCGAGGCCAGGCAUAUGAUGACCUGCUGGAUGAAUUUAUGAAGGCUGUGUCAGACAGGUAUGGAAUGGACUGCCUCAUUCAGUUUGAAGACUUUGCAAACUUAAAUGCUUUCCGCCUUCUCAGCAAGUACAGAAACAUGUAUUGCACAUUCAACGAUGACAUCCAAGGCACUGCUGCAGUGGCAGUUGCCGGUCUUUUGGCGGCUCUCCGGAUCACCGGGAGCAAAAUGUGUGACCACACAAUUGUGUUCCAAGGUGCAGGAGAGGCAGCAAUGGGGAUUGCUGAGCUGAUUACAAUGGCGAUGGAGAAAGAGGGCCUUUCUAAGGAAGACAGUUUGAAGAAGAUCUGGAUGGUUGAUUCUAAGGGCCUGAUUGUCAAGGGUCGAGAUCAUCUGACUCAUGAAAAGGAGAGGUUUGCUCAUGAGCACCCCCAGAUGAGGAACCUGGAGGAUGUGGUUCGUGAACUGAAACCCACAGCUUUAAUUGGUGUGGCAGCUGUUGCUGGCGCCUUCACAGAGAAGAUCAUCAGGGACAUGGCAUCCUUCAACCAACACCCUAUAAUCUUUGCUCUCAGCAAUCCAACCAGCAAAGCCGAAUGCACCGCAGAACAAUGUUACACAUUUACAGAGGGAAGGGGCAUCUUUGCAAGUGGCAGUCCGUUUGACCCUGUCACCUUACCCGACGGGAGGACCAUGCAUCCUGGUCAAGGAAACAAUGCAUACAUCUUCCCCGGUGUCGGCCUUGGCGUCACCGCCUGCGCUAUUCGACACAUCACUGAAGAUGUUUUUCUUACCGCAGCAGAGGCUCUUGCCCACCUAGUGACAGAAAAGGACCUGUCUGAGGGAAGGCUGUACCCACCUCUCAGCUCCAUCAGGGAGGUCUCUCUCGAACUUGCAGUCAAGAUAAUAGAAUAUGCCUAUGAGCACGGCAUUGCCACGGGUCUCCCAGAACCCUCUGACAAAGCAGCAUACGUGCGCUCACUAGUUUUUACCACUGACUAUGAUGACUUUAAUGUGGACUUGUACCGCUGGCCAGAAGACAGCAUGACACUCCAGUCAUGCAAACUUUGA